AUGGAUCCUAAGUUCUAUUUGAACCGGGACUUCACAUGUGGUUGCGGAGCGGGAUUUUACCAAGUGGUUGUCGUUCCCCCUAAAAGAUGCUGGAUGAGGGAGCCCGAUUUCGGAAUAAAGCUUGAUGAACGGGAAAGAUUCUGUGGUGUUCUUUGCUCAAAUAAUCAUUUUACCGAAGAUGGAGAUGCUCAGUGGAAUAUAACUAAUGGGAAUCAAAAUGGGAAUAGAGGUCGUCGUUAUAUUAGGGCAAUGACAGACAGUUUCACAGAAAACCCGUUCGGAUUCCAGGAGGAAUUCUUCCUUUGCUGGACAGACGAGGUUGUAAAUCGAAUGAUUGGCGAGGGAUAUCUCGAUCCAUCAAAUGAAGACGUUAUGGAACUAAAAACAAACGCUUAUGAUCCAUCUAUAAUUUAUGAGGAUUAUAACAUGAACCUGGCUGCUACAUACGAAAUGCGAGAGCAGAAUUAUAACCAUGAUGAACGAGGUGAAGGCACCGGGUCCGAGAUUUCCACCAAAUGGGCAACAGACAGCAACUUUACAAGUGUCUCUGCGGUCCUCAAAUGGAAAGACAGGAAUCCAGAGAAGCCGAUUCCUCGCAAAAAAGCCCCCCAGAAGGGGCGUCCUGCGAAGGUUCCCGCGCCUGAAGCCCUUGAAGCUCUUGUUGAAGAAACCCUUACAGGAGUAUCUGGUGGUCGUUUAGUCGCAGAGAACGAGGAGAUCCAAAAUCAAGAAUUCGAUGACGAGAUUUCAAUGUAUCCAAGCAGCUUCCCUCAUUACGAACCCAAUAUGACGAAGAGUUCCGGAACGCAAACAAUAGUUUGUAAGGUAAAAGACAGUUGCAUACAAACAGAAGAAGACGCACGUAUCAAAGACCUUACAGGUCAAAUCGAUAGCCUCAAGAAAGAAUUGUUAUCAUUGUCGGAGAAUAAAGAGAAAAGCCUCUUCUCGAAUAUUUCAAAUUGGUUGAAAGACAAAGUGGAGGUUCACACUGUAAUUACGUUCACUCUCGCUGCUAUUAUUAUUUUCGAACGUCGACGAACAUUCCCACUUAUCACCAUUCUCAAGACAUGA